CUCUUCUUCCGAGCAUCCAACUCCCUUGCCCCACCGUCAACACCAUCGAAGAACUGAUCCAGCACACACAGCUCCCACGAACAGCCAAGUGAGCUUGCUACCACUAGCAAUGGGGAGGGCGCCGUGCUGCGAGAAGAUGGGUCUCAAGAGGGGCCCGUGGACGGCGGAGGAGGACAUGACCCUGGUCGCUCAUAUCGAGCAGCACGGGCACAGCAACUGGCGGGCGCUGCCGAAGCAGGCCGGGCUGCUGCGCUGCGGCAAGAGCUGCCGCCUCCGGUGGAUCAACUACCUUCGUCCGGACAUCAAGCGCGGCAACUUCAGCAGCGAGGAAGAGGACGCCAUCAUCCAGCUCCACACCAUGCUCGGCAACAGAUGGUCGACGAUCGCCGCGAGGCUGCCGGGGAGAACCGACAACGAGAUCAAGAAUGUUUGGCACACGCACCUCAAGAAGCGACUUGAGUCUUCAGGUAAACCACAAGGCGCAACCAGUGCGCAGAAGCGCAAACCCAAGAAGCCUGUUGCUGUGGCUCCAUCAGAGGGCCCGGCCUCCGAGCCGGCUUCGUCGCCGGAGCAGUCCCUGUCGACGUCGUCCGACAGCGACGACUCAAUGGCCACGUCAGUGGAGAACACGGGCAGCUCCACCUCGGGCGAGUUCCAGAUCGACGACAGCUUCUGGUCGGAGACGCUGGCAAUGACGGUGGACAGCUCCAUGGAAGCCGGCGACCCCUUCGGUUGUGCUUCGCCGACCUCGAGCAACAACGAGAUGGAUUUCUGGGUCAGACUGUUCAUGCAGGCUGGUGACUUGCAGAGCCUGUCUCAGAUUUAGGGAGAGGACUGGCUGGCUGCUGGUAAUCCUCUCACUGUUCGAUCUGAAGCGCUACCAGCUCGCUGGAACAAGCGUGCGGCUCGGCCGGACAGUCAUACAACCACGGUAGACGCGGCACGACGACCGACGAGGCAACCGCUCUGAGCUGAAGACGCUCGAUCGUUUCAUACUGCGCGAAGACGAACCAAGGCGUAUAUAUAAAGAAUUAUUAGGAAAUUUCUGUAGUUCAUCUGCUGAGUUGACUCUUGUUGCCUGCUCAGUUUCCCUUGCAUCGGCUAGCCAUAAUUAAGAGUGUAAACUCCAACAAUGUUUAUGUUUGAGGGACUAAUGAAGGGGCGUGCAGGUUGAACCGAAA